AUGGAUGCAAACCGACGUGAAUACUUGAGAUUUGUUCUUCAAUAUGGCAAAGAACAUCCUGACGCUACAGAGGACCAGGUCAAGGAAGAGUAUCUCAAGUCCAAACAAGUACCACAAAACAGAAAAUCGCGGAUGGAGCACGGUUUUAGUGAUAAAGAAGUGGGAUACAUAAGAAGCGCUUUUAACAUCGACUAUGUUGACAAUAAAGAUAUUGUCAACAGAUUGAUCGCUCACAUCGAUGGCUGUCUUCGCAAGUACAACAUAAACAGGACGGAUUACUAUGCGCCCUUUACAGCGAUU